CGCAAAGAUCCGGACUGCCUCUGCUUCCUAAGUGCUGGGGUAAAAGGGAUGUGUGCAACUAAGCUGGCAUCUUGAGACAGGCCCGCCUAGAACUUACCAUAUAGUAGAAGAUGACCUUGAGUUCCUAAUCGUCUUGCCUCCACGUACCUCGGAUUAGAUGACAGCAUGGUCUGAGACGGUGAACAUGGACUUUUCUAGGCUGCACUCAUAUACCCCACCCCAGUGUGUGCCGGAGAACACUGGCUACACUUACGCACUCAGUUCUAGUUAUUCUUCGGAUGCUCUGGAUUUUGAAACUGAGCACAGGUUGGAACCCGUAUUUGACUCUCCAAGGAUGUCCCGCCGCAGCUUGCGCCUGGUCACAACAGCUUCAUACAGCAGUGGGGACAGCCAGGCUAUUGACUCGCACAUCAGCACCAGCAGGGCCACACCCGCCAAGGGGAGAGAAACCAGGACAGUCAAACAGAGAAGAAGUGCAAGCAAGCCAGCUUUUAGUAUCAACCACCUGUCAGGGAAGGGCUUGUCCUCAAGCACAAGCCAUGACAGCUCUUGCAGCCUGCGGAGUGCCACGGUGCUGCGGCACCCUGUGCUAGAUGAGUCCCUGAUUCGUGAGCAGACCAAAGUGGACCACUUCUGGGGUCUCGAUGAUGAUGGUGACCUUAAAGGUGGAAAUAAAGCUGCCACUCAGGGAAAUGGUGAACUGGCAGCAGAGGUGGCGAGCAGCAAUGGAUACACCUGCCGUGACUGUAGGAUGCUCUCAGCACGCACUGACGCACUCACAGCCCACUCUGCCAUCCACGGGGCCACCUCCAGGGUUUACUCCAGAGAUAGGACUCUCAAACCACGCGGUGUGUCCUUUUACCUGGAUAGGACUCUGUGGCUGGCCAAGUACACCUCCUCAUCCUUUGCAUCAUUUAUGGUUCAACUUUUUCAAGUGGUUUUAAUGAAGCUCAAUUUUGAAUCUGAAACGUACAAAUUGAAAGGCUAUGAAUCCAGAGCUUAUGAAUCACAGAGCUAUGAGACAAAGAGCCAUGAGUCAGAAGCCCAUCUCGGUCACUGUGGGAGGAUGACUGCCGGAGAACUUUCCAGAGUGGAUGGGGAGUCCCUGUGUGAUGACUGUAAGGGGAAGAAGCACCUUGAGAUACACACAGCCACCCACUCUCAACUGGCCGAGCCACACAGGGUGGCCGGGGCCGCGGGGCGCCUCUGCGUCUAUACAGGUGACCUCUUGGUUCGAGCACUUCGCAGGACUAGAGCUGCUGGGUGGUCUGUGGCCGAGGCCGUGUGGUCGGUGCUCUGGCUGACUGUCACUGCUCCAGGGAAGGCAGCCUCUGGAACCUUCUGGUGGCUAGGGAGUGGCUGGUACCAAUUUGUUACUUUGAUUUCUUGGCUGAAUGUGUUUCUUCUUACCAGGUGCCUUCGAAAUAUUUGCAAGGUUUUUGUCUUGCUCCUCCCACUCCUACUUUUACUAGGUGCUGGUGUCUCCCUGUGGGGCCAGGGAAACUUCUUCUCACUCCUACCAGUGCUGAACUGGACGGCCAUGCAGCCAACACAGAGGGUGGACGAUUCCAAGGGCAUGCAUAGACCUGGCCCUCUUCCCCCGAGCCCACCUCCAAAGGUUGAUCACAAGGCUUCCCAGUGGCCUCAGGAGAGUGACAUGGGGCAGAAGGUAGCUUCUUUGAGUGCGCAGUGCCACAACCAUGAUGAGAGACUUGCAGAGCUGACAGUCCUGCUUCAGAAACUCCAAAUACGGGUAGACCAAGUGGAUGACGGCAGGGAAGGGCUGUCGCUGUGGGUCAAGAAUAUGGUUGGACAGCACCUGCAGGAGAUGGGCACCAUAGAAUCACCUGAUGCUAAGACUGACUUCAUAACUUUCCACCGCGACCAUGAAGUGCGUCUCUCCAACUUGGAAGAUGUUCUUAGAAAACUGACAGAAAAAUCUGAGGCUAUCCAGAAGGAGCUGGAAGAAACCAAGCUGAAAGCAGGCAGCAGGGAUGAAGAGCAGCCCCUUCUUGACCGUGUGCAGCACCUAGAACUGGAACUGAACCUGCUGAAGUCACAGCUGUCAGACUGGCAGCAUCUGAGGACCAGCUGUGAGCAGGCUGGGGCCCGCAUCCAGGAGACUGUGCAGCUCAUGUUCUCUGAGGAUCAGCAGGGCGGCUCCCUUGAGUGGCUAUUAGAGAAGCUUUCCUCUCGGUUCGUGAGCAAAGAUGAGCUGCAGGUGCUUUUACAUGACCUUGAGCUGAAACUGCUGCAGAAUAUCACACACUACAUCACCGUGACAGGCCAGGCCCCGACAUCCGAGGCUAUUAUGUCUGCCGUGAAUCAGGCAGGGGUUUCAGGAAUCACAGAAGCGCAAGCACAUAUCAUUGUGAACAAUGCUCUGAAGCUAUACUCCCAAGACAAGACGGGGAUGGUGGACUUUGCUCUGGAGUCUGGAGGUGGCAGCAUCCUAAGCACUCGGUGCUCGGAGACCUAUGAGACCAAGACGGCGCUGCUGAGCCUGUUUGGGGUCCCACUGUGGUACUUCUCACAGUCACCCCGAGUGGUGAUCCAGCCCGAUAUCUACCCAGGGAAUUGCUGGGCGUUCAAAGGUUCCCAGGGGUACCUGGUGGUGCGGUUAUCCAUGAAGAUCUACCCAACCACAUUCACCAUGGAGCACAUUCCAAAGACGCUAUCACCCACUGGUAACAUCUCCAGUGCCCCCAGGGACUUCGCAGUCUAUGGACUGGAAACCGAGUAUCAAGAAGAGGGGCAGCCUCUGGGACGGUUCACCUAUGACCAGGAAGGGGACUCACUCCAGAUGUUCCACACACUGGAAAGAUCUGACCAAGCCUUCCAGAUAGUAGAGCUCCGGGUCCUGUCCAACUGGGGCCACCCUGAGUACACUUGCCUCUACCGGUUCCGAGUCCACGGAGAGCCCAUCCAGUAGAGCGCUCCAGCCAUGUACAUGUCUGUAUAUACCAAGACGCCAUAACACUGGAACUCAAUUGAGAAAGAGAGCACGUGAGCAUAGGAACUUGUCAAUCACCCUUCAAUAAAUGUGCUAUGGUCAUGAGGACAGGCUGAGUCCUCUGAGGCUCUGCGUGUGUGCUUAAAGCCCAAAAGCCUGGGAGGCUUUUUUAAUUCAUUUGAAUGUAUGGUUCUCGGACACUCCCUUUGACUUGGGGAUUUGCUUGAAUGCAUAAAGUCAGGAAGCAGACAGACUGGCAGGUUUCCAGGCUCCUGACAUAGAGGCUGAGAGCUAUGCAUUUGGCCAUCCUCUGGAUGUCAGGAAGGCAAAGUCCCAUCUGCUAAACCCACAUUUCUUUCAGGGAAAACUGUUGCUCUGUCUUCAGUCUGACCCCUUCCAGGUUCCCUGGUGGGGAGAGGCUAUGUCUGCUUUGAGCUGGGACUCCAGGGGAGUAGAUUGGGCUUUGCAAAAGAGCAGUGGGGGUGUGCACACCAUGAAUGGUGCUCUUGGGUCUCAGCCAGGCCAUUCCCCGAAGAUCACAGAAUGGGCAGGAACCUUGAGAAGCUAUGCUCUGGUGUCCUUGAGCUGUGUUAGUCUCUGCCGAAGAGGGAACACUAAGAUGGUGCUAGUGGCUGCCACUCUUGGUCUUUACCACAGCAGCAUUCUGUGCUGCCCUUGGGUUUGACUCUGCACAUUAUCAGCCCUUCUCACUGACUCCAAUUUGGUUAUAUUUAAUAUUUAGACUUUUGUGAGCAGACUUUAUAACUGAUACAUCAUCUGGACACUUAAAGUGUCUAGAUGUCUUACCUAAAGAAUUGUUAAGUUUCAUUGGUUAGGCAGCCUUGGCAGAGUACAAGCUCACCUGCUGGGGCUCAGAGUUCUGGGGUUUCAUGCAUGUUGCAAGCAGUCCUUAAGACAGUGGCCCAGAGCACAUCCACUCCGCAGGGUUAGAGCCACUGCCUGUGUGGCCAGGUUGUGUGAUAUGCACACAUUCUGCAUACUCAAGGUUACAUGCAGAAGUCAGAAUUUCCUAUAUUAAACUAAAUUGGGGAAUUGGGGGUGGAGAUAUUUCAAAUAUUUAUUUUUAAAGAUGCAAGAUAGGACUUUGUGCAAUGUAUUUUUGUAAAUGCUUUUCAAAACACUUGUCUUUGGUAUGCUUCUACUGCCACCAAAUUAAGAUGCUGUUGAGAUGUUUAAAUAAAAGAGUUAAUUUUUAAAAGUGCAUGUGCUAUUUCAAGUGAAUAAUAAAAGUGUGUAUUUCUUUUCUCAGCUUGUCUUCUCUCGGCCCAUGUGAGUGGGGAGGGAUUGCUAGGUUGUGUGCUUGAAGAGUUCCUGCUAAGUCCUGCAG